AUGCUGCCUUGUCGACAAGCAUUGCGCACCUCGCUCGCCUCCUUCCGCACCACCACCACCAACACCACCUCUGCCAACAUCAGAACCAUGUCUUCGUCUGCCAACCUCGCCGGUGUCGUCGUGGGUGUCGACACCAACGGCGCCUCCACCGCCAAGAACGUCGAUGUCUCGGCGCAGUGGAAGGCUUCGCGUGCGUCGUCGUCGCGCGCCAACGAGCUCCGCGUCUUCUACCCGGACAACAGCGCCCCCGUCGCCGCCGUCUCGCUCGGCGAGCAGAAGGCCGCACCUGCCACCACCCCGGACCUCCUGCCCUCGGAGAAGACGUACCUGCGCAACGAGCAGCUCGAGCGCGUCCGCCUCGCCGCCGCCAAGGGUGUCAAGGCCAUCCGCGAUCUCGGCGCCGGCCCUGAGGACAAGGGCAACGCGCCCGUCGAGAGGACCGUGGCGCUCGACUCGAUGCAAAGCCCUCACGCCGCUGCCGUCGGUGCCAACCUCGGCCUGUGGACCGUGAACCACUUCAAGACGCGCGGCAAGAACGCUGCGCACGACAAGGACGCCGCUGUCCAGGGCGGUAAGGAGAUCAAGGUCGUCCCCGUCGAGGGCGCCGCCGACGACUCGGCCAAGAAGCAGCUCAAGGAUGCCGGCGACGAGGUGGCCGGUGUGGCGCCGCUCAGCUGGUUCACGGGUGAGGUUUACGCCGAGGCUCAGAACUGGGCGCGCGAGCUCAAGGAGACGCCCGCCAACCUCAUGACCCCGACCAUCUUUGGCCAGCGCGUCACGGCGGCGUUCAAGAACGUGCCCAACACGCAGGUGAUUGUGCACGACGAGGCGUGGGCGCGCGAGCAGCGCAUGAACUCGUUCCUCUCGGUCGCCGCCGGCACCGACGAGCCCGCCAAGUUUGUCGAGAUCAUCUACAAGGGUGCUCCGGACAACGACGCGCCGCCCGUCGCCUACGUCGGCAAGGGUAUCGUCUUCGACUCGGGAGGAAUCAGCCUCAAGCCCGGCGCGGGCAUGAAGGCCAUGCGUGCCGACAUGGGCGGCGCCGCUGCUGUCGUUGCCACCACGCUGGCCAUCGCCAAGCUGGGUCUGCCCAUCAACGUCGUGUGUGCUACGCCGCUCACCGAGAACAUGCCCUCGGGCAAGGCGACCAAGCCCGGUGACAUUAUCAUUGCGCGCAACGGCCUCUCCAUCGAGGUGGACAACACCGACGCCGAGGGCCGCCUCGUGCUCGCCGAUGCGCUCACCUACGUCUCGGAGAUCUACAAGCCGCACACGCUCGUGGACGUUGCCACGCUCACCGGCGCCUGCAUGAUCGCGGUGGGUGAUGUCUACUCGGCCACCUUCACCGAGUCCGACAGCCUUUGGAACGAGCUGCGCAUUGCUGGUGAGGCCGAGAACGACCUCUUCUGGCGUCUGCCCCUCAGCGACGCCUACCUCAAGCAAAUUUCGACGAGCAACGCCGACCUGUGCAACACGGGCGGCCGUCUCGCCGGCGCCUCCACUGCAGCCAUCUUCCUCAAGCAGUUCGUCGUCGGCCUCGGCGAGCGUGGUGGUGCUGCUCCCAGCCUGCGCUAUGCCCACCUCGACAUUGCCGGCAGCAUGGAGGCCACGCCUACUACGACGACCGACUACCAGCCCAAGGGCUUCACCGGCCGUCCCGUGCGUGCCCUCGUCGAGUUUGCCCGCCGCAUCGCUGCCAGCCAUGCAGGUCCAGUGCGCAGUGUGGGGAGCGUGAUCGAGGCGUGCGUGUCCGUGCGUCGUGGGCAGCGUGGAAUUCCAGGGUCUGCCUUCUACCUGGGCUUGCCUUGCUUCCACAUCCAUACACAGCUUCAUUCUCGACGCAAGACGCUCAUCAAGAACAGCGCUGAAAAGGAUUCAACGUCAAACACAAAACAGCGUGACGAGGCGACGCAUCGCAGCAUGGCGGCGACAUACAAGCUUUCAGCUACUCUCGAGCAGCAUGGUGCCGACGUGCGAUGCGUGUCGGCGAGCUCUGCCGAGACGAGCAAGGACUGCCACGGCGACAUUGUGCUGACAGGAUCGCGCGACCGCCGCGCGAUCGUGUGGCACCGCUCCUCGUCCAACCGCUUCACCGCCGCGGUCGAGCUGGGCAACCACGACGGCUUUGUCAACGCAUGCGCGCUUCUGCGCUCCGACGCCUCGUACGCCAUCACCGCCGGCCAGGACAAGAUCAUCUACGCGUAUCAACUGCUCACCGCCGACGGUCAGGUGAGCGUCCAGCUCGAUGGCAAGUCGAGCGAGCCACAGCCCACACGCACGCUCAUCGGACACCAAGACAAUGUGUGCGCGCUCGACGUGGGUCCGCACGGGCAGUACCUCGUCAGCGGCAGCUGGGACAGGACCGCCAAGGUGUGGCGCAACUGGGAGUGCGUCGCCACGUUCAAGGGCCACGAGCAGUCGGUGUGGGCGGUGCUCGCCGUCGACCACGACCGCGUGCUCACGGCGUCGGCAGACAAGACCAUCCGGCUGUGGUCGAUCGCGCAGCCGGCCAAGCCGCUGGCGGUGUUCGGCGGGCACACGGAUGCCGUGCGCGGGCUCACUCUGCUCGAGGGCGGCGAGUCGUUUGCAAGCUGCGGCAACGACGGCAACAUCCACCUCUUCUCGCUGCACGGCGCGGCAUCGUCGGAGGCCAAACCGAUCCAGCCGGUGCAGGUGCUGUCGGGCCACACGAGCUUUGUGUACAGCCUGGCGACGGUGCCGGGCGGGCGCGGCGAGUUGGUGAGCGCGGGCGAGGACCGCAGCGUGCGCGUGUGGCGCGACGGCGCGCUGGUGCAGACCAUCACGCUGCCGGCGAUCUCGGUGUGGUCGGUGGCGGUGCUUGCCAACGGCGACGUGGUGUGCGGCGCCUCGGACGCCACGGCGCGCGUCUUUACGCGCGAUGCAGCUCGCGUCGCGGACGACGAGAGCCUCAAGGCGUACGAGCACGCUAUCUCGACGCAGGCGCUCAACGCGACGCAGGUAGGCGACAUCAAGAAGGAGGAUCUGCCGGGCGCCGAGGCGCUGGCGCAGCCGGGGAGCAAGGAGGGGCAGACCAAGAUGAUCAAGAACGGCGACGUGGUGGAGGCGCACCAGUGGAGCGCGGCGUCGCAGCAGUGGGUCAAGAUCGGCGAGGUGGUGGGCGGCGUGGGCUCGGGCCAGAAGAAGCUGCACGAGGGCAAGGAGUACGACUACGUGUUUGAUGUGGACAUCGCCGAUGGCGUGCCACCGCUCAAGCUGCCGUUCAACCUGAGCGAGAAUCCGUAUGCGGCGGCGCAGCGGUUUUUGGAGAAGAACGAUCUGCCUCAGCAGUACAUCGACCAGGUGGUCAAGUUUAUCGAGACCAACACGCAGGGCGUUAGCCUCGGUGGGCCGCAAUAUGUGGAUCCGUACACGGGUGCCAGCCGAUACCAGCCUGGUGGCGGCGCAUCGGGCACGGCGAGCACGGCAGCUGCACCACCAUCCACCACGAGCGGCAGCACUGCGGGCACAUACACUGGAGCGCGCAACGUGGAUCCGUACACGAGCUCGGCUGCCGCACCCGCGAGUGGCCACAGCAGCGCCGGCGUCGGGGCGGGCACCAGAGUGCUGCCGCAGCGCACGUUCCUCAGCUUCCGCACGGCCAACUUUGGCGCGAUGCGGAGCAAGCUGAAGCAGGUCAACGAGCAGGAGGCGGUGCGGCUGUCGGCGGCGGAGCUGGCCGAGGUGGAUGCGGUGAUUUCGGCGCUGGAGACGGGUGCGUCCGGGCCGCGGUUGCAGAUCGACGCUGUGCGCAAGGCACUCACAUGGAGCUCCGGGUCACGACUAGCAGCGCUGGAUCUUUUGCGGUGUGCGGCGGCGGUGGGGACGACGACGACGCCGCUCGAAGUGGCGCGCGAGGCGUUCGAAGCAUGCGCAUGGGCCGAAGCCUGGCCUGCCCCUGGGUCGGCGGAAGCCAAGGUGCGCGAUGUGAACUCGAUGCUGGCGCUGCGCACGAUUGCGAAUCUGUGGCAGGACGCUACGGCUCUGGGUGCACUCGAAGCCAACGCAGUGAGCGUGCUGGGUAGUUUGGGCGAGACGCACUACGCGGUGCUGGGCAAGAAUGGGCGGGUUGCCUUCGCGAGCGUUGUGUACAAUGCCAGUGCGCAGAUGGUCGCCUCGACGACGCGCAGCAGUGCAGCCGGGAUAGUGCUUGGGUUGGUGAACGAGGUGCUUGCACGCGAGCAGCACGACGGCGACAGCGAGGCGGUCUACCGUAUCCUCGUCGCACUGGGCAACCUGCUCUGCUCAUCCUCCGGUGCUUCGCUCAACGGCAGUAAGCUCGAUACAACCCGUAACCUUGUCGCGGCUCUGAGCGCCUCGGCGUUGGGGAGCGAGGCGAGGAUUAGCAGCAUUGCGCGCGAAGUGUCGGAGCUGUUCUAG